AUGAUGGGCUCUCGUGCCGAGGCGCGCGAGCGCGUGAACUCCGAGCUGCAGCAGCUUCGCUCGAGGGAGAAGGGCGCGUCGCCCGAAGAGCUCAAGAAUAUUGUUGAUCGCAAGACGGAGCUCAAGAAGAUGCGAGGCCUCGGCGUGUACUACGGCGCGCCAAAGGAGGAGAGCGGCUUCACGAUGCCCGACCUGUCCUCGCUCUCCCUGCCCGGCGGCUUCGCGCUCCCCAAGGAGAUCGACGCCGAGCUGAUGGCUCAGUCGGGAGGGUUUGGCACCGCGGCGAUGGGCAUCACGGGAUUCAUCUUCAUGACCCUCACCGCAGCGGAGAAGCAGGGCUUCAUGACGGCGCGCGCGCGGGGGGAGGGAGAGGGAGACCGCGGGCAUGUCAAGGAGAAGACCAUGAAGCUGAUCGACACGGACGGAGACGGAGAGCUCUCGCAGGACGACAUGAAGAAGCACUUUGGAAAGCUGGUCGCGUACAUGACGGGAGAGAACUCGGCCCCGGCCGGUGCCGUCUCUCCCCGCUUGUGA